AAUACUGGUCCAAUCUGUACACACCAACUUCACAUCCUAAACCAGAGACACUAAGCACCAAAAUCAAUGAUCGAAGUUGGACCAACUCCAACCAAAUAGCACCCUUUUAUAAGUCACUCCCAUGCAUUCAUUCUCCAGCAUCAUAAGCAAUCAGUUCAAUAGCACUUUCUAGUUUUCCUUCUUUCUAACAUCUAUCAUACACUGUUCAGUAGAAAUAUGGCAAGUGUGAGAAGUACAUUCAUCGCCAUUAGCUUGGUUGCUACAAUAGCAAUGGCGGUCCUUUUCAAUUUAUCCAUGGCUGCCAGUUAUACAGUUGGAGGUCCCAACGGUGGGUGGGAUGCUGCCACUGACCUUCAAACUUGGGCUACUUCUCAAACAUUCCAAGUUGGAGAUAACUUAAUUUUCCAGUACGCGCCAAGCCAUGACGUGGUGGAAGUUCCACAGACAGACUACACCUCCUGCCAGGCGACCACCCCGAUCCAAUCUUACACCGGCGGUGCCACCGUUGUCCCUCUCACAUCCUCCGGCGAUAGAUACUUCAUCUGCGGGACGCCGGGACACUGCAGCGGAGGAAUGAAGCUCCAAGUUAACGUCCUCGCAACUUCCCCUGCCCCUGCUGCCGCCACGCCAGAGGAAUCCCCUGCAUCCUCUCCACCGGCGUCGGAGGACUCCCCUCUCCUCCCCCCUGCUUCUUCCUCCCCGUCUGAUCUCCCGUUCCCCACCGCCGAUUUGCCGGAGGAAUCUCCAGAAAUAUCGCCUCUGGGAUCUUCGAUCCCGGUCUUCGGAAGCUCCCCUGCAUAUUCCCCUGCAUCGGUCUCUUUCCCCACUGGGACCUCUGCUCUGACUCCGCCGGUUGCCACAUCGUCGGCGGGCAGAAAUGGGUUCUGGGUUGGUGGGGUUUCCGCCGGAUUCUGCUCCCUGGCUAUGAUUGCAAUGCUUCUGCAGGCUUGAUUUUCAUGCUUUUCUUUCCUCCCUGCGGGAUGAUUUAUGUGCAUUCUUUUGAGACCUGAUGGCGUUUUGAUUCCCUAAAUUGAUCGCUUUGAUUUAUAGUGUUAAUUGUGUUUGUUGAAUCUAUCCCAGUUUGUUACCCUUUCUUUUGGUUUUCGCAUUCCUUUUACCUCCUUUCCAAAUUCCAAUCAUUGAGCAAGAUGUCACUUUGAUGGAAUCCUAGAUGAAAAGCCAAAGCAUAAGGGUCAAAGUUACUAUGCUUUAUGAUAUGUGUAGUAAUGAUUGUGAAUUCCGCAAAAGUUAUACGAAAAUAGUUAGUGGUUACAUAUUUUAUACUAAAAUCGGUAUUCAACUGUUUCACAUCGUAAAAUCACAUUUCAUUUCUUGUUUGGUAGGACUAGGAAUCUAGACAAAACAUCAUGAAAAAUCGCAGUUUAGACCGUAUCGUACGAUUUGGUCCAGACUAUAACACCAUGAAUACAAUGUGGUUUGGUCCAAUGUCUGCAUGUUUAACUUGCGGUCUGGGACGAUUUGGUCUGGUCUAGACCGUGGUUAAUCGAUAUCUUCAGUUUGAUAGGGUUUUUAAAACAUUGUGUGUUAGCGCGAACUGACACUCAAUGAUAUUGAUCGUUGGAUAAUAUGAAUGGCAAUUGUACCAACAGUUGAAACUUGAAAUCCUCUGUUUUUCUUCGGUGCACGCGAUCGAACUCUAUGAGCUCGUUGUUGUUUAAUUUGUUUGUAUGUGAAUGAAAUUUCUUAUUCAAUUUGCAUUAAUAAUUUUUCGAAAUUCGCCCAUCUUCCAAAAGAAAAAUACCAUUAGCUAGAGUAAAUUUCUUGUCACACAUGUUUGUAAAAAUUUAUUUCGCUAGAAGUUUGUUAUUUACGUAAAUAUACUAAGGAAAUUAGAGAGGAAAUGGUGUGUUUCUUAUAGAAAUUUCCAAGCUCAAAUCUUAGUGCCAACGGAUUAAGUGUAGGGGUGGGCAACGCGAUGGGAUUGGGUACCCGUCCCAUGAAACAAAUACUCAGUCUCAUUUGAAGAUAAAAUUUCAUUCCAUAUCCCGUCUCGUACGAAUUAACGGGUACCUGCAGGUUACCCAUAAAUUAGGAUAGUUUUUGUUACUUUGGCAUUUUUUUCGAUAUUUCAAUCUCCCUGCUGGUUGAAUCAGAUCCGAAGCAGCUGCAGCUGCCGCAAGGGCCGCGCAAUUGGGGCAUUCUAUACCCAAAAAUGAGUAUCACUUCGAAUUACCCCUCUCUCUCUCUCUCUCUCUCAGACCAACUACCCUGAAAUCAAAUUAGGGGAUUGAUAUGGUGAUAUUCUGUUAUGUGGAGUCAAUUUUUGCCCGGUGAUGUAAUAAUAGAAUGAAAUAAUACGCGUAAUUAAUAUCUAAUUAGCAAUUAUGAAUGAGCGGGUAGUGCGGGCACCCGUAAUCCUCAAAAGGGUUUAACGGGUAACCCGCGGGUACCCAUUAGAGAAUAUCUUGAUCCCAUUUCCCAUUCCGUAAAACAAAUUAUGGAUAUUUGAGUACCAUAAUCCUAAAACGGAAUGGGUAUGGGUAUACCCAAAUAUCCAUUUCCCGUUGCCCACCCCUAAUUAAGCUAAGAAACCAUUGAAGAAUAAAUUGUAAGAGAAUUGGGGGAAAAUUGGCAAUACAACAGACUGUGAGAGGGUGGGGGGAGUAAGAGGAAAACUUCCGUCAACUCUACUCAACGUUCGAGACUUCGUUCCGUCGUGGUGAUUGACGUGGCAGCGGACAUGCUGCCAUGCUGGAACGAGAAUGGCUGCACUUCCAAUAAAUUCGGAUGGUACAGAACUCUAAAACUGUGGUUAGGUACUUGAUAUCUUCAAAGCUGGAUAUUUGGUCCCCCACAUUAAAUUAAAUGUCAACAGUCUUUUUGGUUAUGGUCAGUCGGCCGGUUUUGGUUUAACCGAAAACCGAUUUCUUGGUUAUCGGCUAAACCAAGCCACCACCUCCCGCUGCCGACCACCGACCGUGAGGGACACUGCGGUAAGCCGACCACUGACCGAUCGGUUAUUGGUUUUGAUUCGGUUAGUCGCAUAUCCGAAAAACACUCCCUAAUCUCCAAAAAAAUAAAUCAAUAAACCCAAAAAUCCUUCCACCACUUAUUCCUUAUAUCCUCCAUCCUUCUCUCUCCUUUCUUUUUCCAUUCAAACCGUCCACCACCACUCCUUCCGUCUCUCUCCUUCCUUCUAAAUUCUAAUAAACUUACAUAAUAUGAGUCAGCACUCAAGGAGCAGCCGAGCAGGAGGGCUUGUCGCCGGCGAAGGAGGGAGGAGCGACUUUUCGCGAAGCCGUCGGACGGAGGCGGAGGAAGACGGCGUUCGCGCGGCGUGGCGGCGAUUGAAGGCGGCAGGAGACGGCAGGCGGCGCGACGGGUGGAGGCCUGGAGGGAUAGCGUGUCGCGCGAUUGGAGGCUGCCUGCGUGUCGCGACCGUUGGAGGCGGAGGGAUACGGCGGGGUGGCUGGAGGAGGGGGCGGCGAGGGUGGUCGGUGAACUGGUGAAGGGCGGCGACGACGAGGGUGGCCGUGGGCCGUGGCUGCGCGAGAAAGGGGUGCAAUGGGGAGUUGCUGCCUGGCUGGAGAGUGGGGAGAGGGGAAUGGUAUCUGGGAUUAGGGUUUGGGGGGCUGGGGUACGUUUUGGGUGGGGUUGGAGCGGGGUCGUUUUGGGCGAGGUCGUGGGGUCGUUUUGGGCAGGGUCGUUUUGGGCGAGGAUGCAGGGUCGUUUUAGAAAGUGGGAGAGAUUGGUUAGCCGGUUAACCGUUGAUUUUCGACCACGGUUAAUCGGCUAGCCGAGCCUCUUCCCCCUCUCCUUCGACGAUCGACCGCCGACACUUAGUGACAGUUUUCGGUUAGCCGAAAACCGGUCAGUUCGAUCGCCCGAAAAUCGAUCGGUUCGGUCAAAACCGUCUAAUUAACUGCUAAUCGAAAACCGUUCUGCCAUCCCUAGUUCUAAGUAGUCAAUCCUAUAUAUACACCAAUGUAUAUUGGAAUUGAUAAAAAAAAGUUUUGAAAUUUUAGGUGAGUCAAAUAUGACUGGCUGUGCCCGCCACACAUAUAUAAGUAACAUAAGAUAUCUUAAAAAAAUUGAAACGCUUUAGAUUUCAACCCCUCCAUGUCAUCAUUCCAUAUAUAGACUAUAGUCGCCAAAAUAACAGGUUGACUAAGUAGUUGUGCUUAUAAAUAAAGUGGGAUCUUCACAUGUUAAUCGUUAGGAUAAUACCUGAAACAAUUGCCAAUUGGUAUAUGCAUUACUAUCUCAUUAAAUGGUCUUUCUCAAAGAAGUUGUUUCUGUAGAACUAUUCGAACUAUGUAGUCAAUAUCAAUGUGUAACGUAAGAUGCAGCCAGAAAUAUUGUCACUUCUUCUAGGUUUAUGAACUAUCCUUGUAUAGUGAAUAUCAUAAUAAUAGUAUUAGCUAGUUUGCAACUUAAGUAUUAUCAUUAUGAAGUAAUAUAUACUACAUGACCUAACGGGUGCUCUUACAAUAUUUAGAUGGCAGUCUCUAUGUUGUUUAAUAUAGCUGAUCAGUUUGGUCACAUUAGUUUAUAAACCAUGUACAAACUCUUUGUUGUAUUUUCUUCAUUGCGAAACUAUUUACACCUAGAUUGAUUAGCAUUCUGUUGACUCUGGGUGCUAUGGAGGACUCUGAGAUGAUUUGGUUUUAGGCUUCCGAAUGCUUUCCAUAAAUUAGUCUGAGAUAGAUUAUAAACUUUUAUGUUACUUUGUGGUGUAUAUCAAAGUGAUUUUUCAACAAUAUCAUCCAUCGUUGCAUUGCUUUAUAGUGAGCACGUUUGAUUUCAGAUUUCUCAUAAUAACUAUUUCAUUUCAAUUUUCACCCUAAAAUGCUUCUUGUUCAUUAAAAUUGAUUUUUUACUUAUGAAUUACGAUCUCUCACACUUUGUUGAUAUGAGAUUUGAGUAACGUAUUACAAUCUAUAAACGUAGGGGGAAAACAUAUAUACAUCAAUUGCGGCCAAGAGCCGUUGUAAUAAUAGCGAAUGAUGUAGACGGAUGGCUAUUUUUGACCAUGCUGUAACAUGUCGCGAGGGAAAGGUUUUUUGGCCCUUUGCUUUCACUGGUGGGUUACGUGUGUACACUGUAGUGGGCGUUGCGUUGGCCCAUCCCACGGCCCAUAUUUCAGUUGCUAUUUAAGUCUUCAUAAUACAAUUGCUUUCCUGCAAACAAUUCAACUUUACUACAAAGUACAGACAAACUCAAACGAAUCUUUUACACUAAACGCAGACAUAAUAAUAAUAAUGCGGUUCCGGGUUGUUCAUCUCUGCAAAAAGCUGCUACAACCAGGAAAGGAAUAGUUGGAACUUGAAUAAGGGGGAAAAAAAGAGUGAUUACGCUAUCUUUUUAACAUCGAUGAAAAUCGAGACUAAUAAGCAAGAAUUGAAAGGUAGUAUUGUAUGGUGUUUCAAUCAGAAAAAUCUCAAAUUAAAGAUUAAAUUGGUAGGCGAGUUAAACCACAAAUUUUACAUAAUAUAUGUUAUCACGGAUUUUUAUUGUAUAACCUUUUACAAUUUUGACUAAUAAUGCAUUAUUCAAACAGUCGAAGCUUACUGCGUUUCUAAGCCACAAAGACGAUCAUCAUUAUGAACACUUCAUAGCUCAUACCUAUUAACUUUAAAAACGAGAAAAAAAAAAUUCAUAGCUAAUUGAUUCACAAGAUGUUUUCUUAACCAAAUACCAUUAUAUAUGUCAAGAAAAUAAUUGGGAGAUUGUUACCCAAACAAGAUAACACAACUUGAUAAUGAAGAACGAGAUUGUUAUACCGAUUAGAUCACUGAAGUGUGUACCAAUUCUUAUUCGGGUUUAGUUCGGGCAACAUUGGUUUUCUUAUACCGGAGAAGACUGACAGCAAGUCAUCGGAAUCCAAAAAUGUUUCUUUAAGAAAAUAAUCCAACGAGAGACAAAUGUCAACUUCCUUUUCAUUCACCAAUCUCUCCAAUUUGGCCUUCACGUGCCUCCCUCUUCUCUUCUCUUCUCACAGCCCAAAGCCCAGCCACUGCCAGACCGAAGCCCCAAGCUCUCCACUUCCCUCCUCUCGACGAGCUUCUCCUUUUCCCCAGACACCGCCAUGAAAACCAGACGAAAACGACCCACAUUCUUCCCUCAAACCUCCUCCCGUACCUAAAUUCCCCAACCCCCACACUCUCAACGGAUCCCCCCCCAUUUUUAGCCAGAAUUCCCAAAAAUCGCAAGAAACAAGAUGGCGCAGAUGUGCUAUGUGGGUAAAGCUACCAAGAUCUUCAUCUUCAUUGUCGCCGUCGCGGUGGUCGCCGGCCUCAUCCUGGCUUUCGGCCUCUUCCGCCGCGGCGCCUCCCACCAAUCCCGCCGCCAAUGCUCCCCUGAAGACGAAUCCUGCUACUCUCCCCCUGCCCCCGCCGCCGUCUUCGCCAAUCCCAAUCCGUCUACUCCCUCAUCCCCCGGUAGUAGUUCCAGUCCC